AUGGCAACAGCUUCCAAGUUCCCGGACUACCUCCUGCAGGAGGUUCGCAACCUUCUUUGCACAAGAGCCCGUGACAUGGUCUUCAAAGGAAGGGGGGAUGGAGAGAACACAGCAGGACAAGAGGCCAUGAUGUCAAAUGUCUUUCAUGGAUCUCCUGGUUAUGCCUCUGUGCUAGACGAAAUGAUGCAAGGCAAGGGCAUCUAUGCCUCAAUGUUUGACAAAGUUCCUAUUGAGAAUAAUAGAGAAGGGAACGAGAAUCGACAAGGUGGCCACAUGCUGGUAGCAAAAGACAUUUUCAGUUGUGACGAAGGUUCGAAAUUCAUUGUCCAUGCUAAGGGAUUUGUGAGAGAUGCCCUUGCGAAGAAUGGAGAUGAAAUGAUAAGCGGCAGAAACAUCAAAGAUCGAGCCAACAACAGCAUUGGAGUUUACAAGUUUGCACUCAAAUACUGUGAUGAAUACAUGGACGAUUCUGGUACUGGAAAGUAUCCUUCGGGAAAAGGCUUCGAGGAUAUGGUUCUGUAUGUUCGCCAAAAGGUUUACGUUCACUUGAAAGGAGGAAAGAACAACAAAGGAGCCAAUCGUCGCGCUGCCAAGGAUGGCAAGGAAUGGAAAGAAGAGAACAUGCCCGACAAGUACAUGUUCAAUGGCUUCUUUGUUUUUCUCAUGUACGGUCCAGUUGGUUUGGCUGGUUCCACUUUGACUUGUCUGUCAGCAGAUGGCAAGAAGGUGGAAAGAGUUGGUCGCGCAGAAGCCAGAAAAAAAGAGAGUGAGGUCAAACAAGCGGAACGUACUACUGGUGUUGGCGCCACUGGUAUCUUUCAACGUGGUGUGCCGGUGAAGGAUAAGUUUGCUUGUGCCCAAAUGGCAGUUUCGCAGUACAAAGAGGCAAAGAGAAACGUUGUCAAUUUGCUUUUCCACAACAACGCCGCUGAAACAAACUGCAUUGCUGCACUUUCAGAAAUCAACAAGAUGAUUGACAGGGCAGAAGACAGGAACGACGGAAUGGAAUUGAGAAUGCUGAACAAGCGAAAGCAGGACGUCUUGGGAAGAUGGGACAAAUUGUCAACGAGGAAGACGGAAUUAGAGGAGGAAUGCGAUCAGUUGAUGAAGCAGUCUCCCAGUAGGCAAGUGUCUGCUUACUAUGAGUCAGUGGGAAUGCCGAAUGUUCCCUCUGCUGUUGCUGUGUCGAAUAAGUCUCAGGAAGAUGAUGAAUCGUCCAUCACAAAUGUCCCUGGUACCGCCAAUGUCCAGCGUACUGCCUCCACUGUUCGCCCUGUUGUUGCCAUUGUGCCAAGACCCCAACUACCAAGUCACUGUUCCCAGUUAUCCCAGGAGGUUGAAGUUGUAGGCACAAACACCAACCUUUCGGGUGACACUGAUGAAGACGUUGCGGAAACUGAAGAAGCGACCGAAGAAGAUGACCUGGUUGAAGUUGUUCCGCGCGAACUGCAGCUAGUGAAUUUUGGCGAAGAAGACGAGGGAGAAGAAUCGUCCAGUGCUGCCAGGAUGCCAAAGAUGCCGAACAUGACUCUAACUGGAUUUGCCGCGAACUUUCCUCCUGAGAUACAGCAGAUGCUGCUUCGCCAAAGGUUGAAGGAUAAUGGAAUCGAUCCUGACCAUGUAUCCUUUCAGGAAACGGCACAGCAUGUGGCUCAACAGGAAGGCUUGCAUGGACGCGAUGGUACCGUCCCAACGAAUUAUCAGCCUGGUGGAGUCUAUCAUGCCUCCUACGUUUCCGCUGGAGAUGGUCUGACAGUUGCCACUGCCAAUCAAUGGUUCGCGCAAGAGGAAGAGCCAACUCAGAAAUAA